AUGGCGGAUUAUCAACGUGCUUUCCAUGUCGUCUUGAAAGAAACAAAAAUAAACAGUCUUAAAGAAAAACAAGUCGAAAUAUUGGAGACUAUUCUGAAUAAUAACAAUUGCCUCGCUAUUUUACCUACCGGGUAUGGAAAAUCUCUCCCAUAUCAACUUUAUUUACCAGUAAUUCGGGCUCUUGGUGAUGAUUGGAGUAAAAAGAAGAACAGCAAAGUCAUAGUUUGUUGCCCAUUAACGUCCAUAAUGGAGGACCAAGUGAAUAAAUUGAAACAAACAACACUUGUUUCUGCAGAAUAUUUAGGUAGUUCUCCUGAAGCUGAUUCUGCAAUAUCAAAUUGUGAUGUGGAUCUUAUUUAUGGGUCACCAGAGUUGCUCGUUGGAAAUGUGCAAAGGAGGGAAAUCAUUCAGAAACUUGAUGUCAGUCUUAUUGUUAUUGAUGAAUUCCAUACUAUUGCCACAUGGGGAGGAAUGGGAAAUGAAGAGGAAGCUUUUCGGAAAUGGUUUCGGCACUUAGGAGAAUUGCGCUCCAUGUUUCCAAAUGCUGUAUUAUUAGCAUUAAGUGCUACCUGCACAAAAAUUAUUGAAAAAAGAGUGCUUAAUGUAUUGGGUAUUGAUAAAAAAACUAUAAAAUCUAUUAGACUGUCACCAAAUAAGGAAAAUAUUAAAUUCAUUGUCAACAAGAUUCCAAAUUCUAUGGAAUCCGCUAUGUUUUGGGUUAUGGAAGCUUUAAAUAACCUGAAAGUUAAGUUUCCAAGGUGUAUUAUUUACUGCAACACAAUCAAAGAUGUCUCAUUGAUGUAUAACUUUCUAACCAGUGAAAUUCCUGAUAGUGCUAACUUUGUGGAAAUGUUUCAUUCCGAAACUCCAUCCCACUGCAAAUCAGAAAUAAUAGACAAACUUUGUAAUGACAACUCCCUUCGAAUAGUAAUAGCAACUAAUGCCCUUGGCAUGGGUAUUGACAUUAAAAACUGCAACAGUGUGAUAAUUUAUGGACCCCCAGUAAAUAACAUAACAGACCUUGUUCAAGAGAUGGGACGAAUAGGUAGAGAUGGGUUACCAUCUGUAGCAGUUGUGUUGUAUAAUUCCUACCAAUGUAAACUUUUAGAUACAGAGGUUAAGACUUUUUUACGAACAGAUGUUUGCAGGCGACAAACCCUUAUGGAAAAUUUCCAUUCCGGUGCUGAAAUGGAAACAGUGAAAAAGUCUUUAAAUCAACACCACUGUUGUGACAUUUGUUCUAAAUUGUGUACCUGUGGACAAUGUAUUUCAUUACCAAUUGAAAAACUUUUGAAUUGUUUCACCUCAGAGGACCAAGCUGAAGAUGGAAAUAACAGUAGUGACAGUGAAACAAUUUCAUACUUUUAUGAAUCAAACUCUGAACAAUUUUUUAACUUUUCAGAUAAUGAUGAUUGCUAAUAAAUUUAUAUUAAACAUUUUUCAUGUUAAUGAAUUUUAUUAUGAUAUACAUUGAAAUUUAAAUUACAAUUAAUUUAGAGUGUAUCUUUGUCUCAUUUAA